AUGGUCACAUUAAUUUUAAUUCUUAUCCUAAUAAGCAUAUUUUUUCUAUCAUUACUAAUUAUUUAUGCCUUAAUUCAUUUUCGAGAAAAUUUUAAAUCAUCAUUCAAUUAUGAAAAUCAAAGAUUAACAUCUUUAACUCAACCAUCAAUUAAUAUAAUACCAAAAAAAUUAGCAUAUCCAUUGAAACUUUCAAAUCCUUAUCGUUUAACAAAUAUAAAUUUCAAGGAACAAAAACCUAAUCAAUUACGUUCACGUAGUUUAGUCAAUAAUUUAUUUAUAACAAAAUGUUCAAAUAGAAGACGAAGUUCAAUUAUUGAUUCUAAACAAAUAGCACAAAUUGAAUUUUCACUACCACCAACAGCUGAAAAAAUUCGUCGUCGAUCUUUAGCUAUUUGUAAUAAUAUAAAUGAAUCAAAGCAAACUACAAUUGAUUCAAUAAUAAAAACAAUAAAAUCAUCAACUCAAUUUUUACCAUGUCUUGUAUCAUUUUCAAUAGUUUAUUAUAAAUCAUCACAAAUAAAAAUUUAUUUUCAUUCUUUAACAUCAUUACCAUCAACAAUUCAACUUCAACAAUUAACAAUUCAAGUUAAAUUAAUUCCUGAUGGAAAAGUAAAAUGUUUGUCUAUAAAAAAUAUUUUACAUAAUCAAAAUAUUUUUGCACAAGAUAAUAAUGAAUAUUUAAUACAAUUUUCAAAUAUAUCAUUAACUAAACUUCAUGUAAAAGCUAUAUUAAUGAAAUUCUAUGGUAAAGAUCAAACAAAAAAAACAAUUCAACUUGGACAAAUUGGAAAAAUUUAUUUCAAUCAAAUAAAUAAUUUUGAAAACGAACAACCAAUUGAUUUUAUACAUGAAAUUGAAAUUAUCAAAACAUCAUCAAUGGAAAUACUUGUUUUACUUGAACAAAAUAAUGAUCAUUAUUUAACUGUUGAAAUACAACGUAUUAAAGGAUUAAAAAUUGAUCAAAAAAAUUCUAUGGCCACUUGUUAUUUUCGAGUAAUUCUUCUUGAUCGUCAUCGUCCAUUAUCAACUCAUCAAACAAAAUCUUAUCGAUUAAAUUCUUCAACAUUUUCUCUUAAUGAAUCAUUUAAUAUUAAUAUAUUAGCAUUCAAUUCAAAUAAUCUCGAUCGUAUAAUGAUUAUGAUUAAUUUAUAUUCCAAUGCAAAUGGUAAGAAUGAACAUCGGUGUAUAGCUCGAGUUAAACUUGCUUCACCAUAUUUUUGUUCUGGUACUGGUACAAUUCAUUGGCAACGAUUUAAACAACGACAAUCAUUUUCGAUGUGGCAUAAAUUAAUCAAACAAUAA